AUGAGCCGACCUCAGAUGAUUCGAGCCGAUACCCUGGAUCUGCAGGACCAUGAUGCACCUUCGGCCAAAGACCAUUCCAAGCAGCCCGAACAACCAGCUCCCCUCGGCGCCGGCCGGCCUGCCCCCCACCAAGAGCUGUCCCUUCGCAAUGCGGAACAUGACUCAAAAUCGGAGCUCAGGAGCGCGAACGGAGUGGACAUAUAUGGCGAGCCAGAGGAUAUGGAAGACGAGAUGAAUGGCACGCAGUACGACCAAGAAGAUGGUGAUUUGGCGGACGGCGAAAGCGAUGACCUGCUCGACGACGACUUGAUGGACAAGAUUUCCAGCUCACCAUCUAUCGACGACGAGGAUAUUGACUUCGAGUUCGUUUAUGCGCUUCACAACUUUGUUGCAACAGUCGACGGCCAGGCAAAUGCUGCAAAGGGAGACACCAUGGUCCUUCUCGACGACAGCAAUAGCUAUUGGUGGCUUGUUCGUGUUGUGAAGGAUGGUAGCAUCGGGUAUCUACCAGCGGAGCACAUCGAAACACCGACCGAAAGGUUGGCCAGACUUAACAAACACCGCAAUGUCGACCUGUCUGCAACCAUGCUGGGCGACAAUUCAGAAAAGUCCAAGAACCCCUUGAAGAAGGCCAUGCGCAGGAGGAACGCGAAGACCGUCAACUUCGCAGCACCGACCUACAUCGAAGCUUCGGACGUCGAGUUUUCGUCUGACGAUGAUUCUGAGCAUGGUGAUUUCUUUGAUGAUGAAACCCUGGACGGAGAAGAAGAUGACGCACAAGAGCAGGAAGACAUUGUUGUCGAGCCUCUUCGGCCUAAAGGGCAUAAAGAAAAACCCACGGAACAGACUGAAGUCAACGGCACACAGGAGAAACAUGAGCCUGAGAUCCGCUCAAGCUCAGAGCCACGUCGGUCAAGCGAGGAGUUCUUUGAUUCAGAUGAGCCAACCGUCAGCCGGUCCAGAAAUGGCACUGUACGGAACACCGAUUCUUUUUUCAAGGACGACACCGCAGAGCCAAAGAAGAUUUCCCUCACACCGAAUUUAUUGCGCGACGUGCGCGACGAAUCCAACAGUAUGGGGCUGUCUAAUGAUUGGAAAGAGGGCCGUGGAAGCUCAGAGUCAACCGAACGAACAUCAGUCUCAGGAGACAAGAUCAAAGAUGACAAGAAGCGCAAAGAAAAGAAGCCAGGGAUGCUCAGCGGACUGUUCAAGCGGAAGGACAAGAAGAGCAAAUCAUCGAUGGAUGAUGACUUUGACGAGCCUCUGCAAUCCCCAGCGGAAUCUUCAUUCCGAGCUUCACCCGUAUCAAAGACAUCCAUGGAGUCAAUCUCUUCAGAGACACGGUCUUCUUCCAAGCAAGGUGUACAAAGAGAGAGCAGCAAGAAGCUACAAAAGCAACCUCCGGCCGGAGUUUCUCCCACCAAGGCGGAUGCGCCACGGGACCCUUCAAUGGAAACGGCCAGAGACGCGACUCGGAGCACCAACGAUCAAUCAGUUCGACAAGUUACCUCACCCAACGACGGAGAGACUCGCAGAACCAUGGUAUCCCCUGCCAGCCAGUCGAGUCCAUUCAAGGAAGAAUUUGUUACUCCAACGGAGUCUUUCCAUCCCUUGUCAUCUCCUAUCGAGCGACCAUCCAGCGAAGCCCAAGUGAGACCGUACUUUGCGCUUGAUGGAACAAUCUUGCAGACCAGCGGGACGUCUCCACCACAAAAAUCCGUGCCCAAGCUUGUCACCGAGCCGGUCAGCGACCGACCCGAGUCCCCUGUCGUUGUCUCUCCUGUGGAAACGGAAAUUCUUAUCGGCGGCCCAGGACCGACGAUGGAGGCAUCGUCGCAGCGGACACACUCUAUUUCCCCAAUCUCUGAACCGUCAUCUCCUGAAGUCGAGAAGAACUACCUGAAGGGUACCGAGCCUGCCCCUGGUUCAUUCGAUACUUUGUCUGUGGACACACCGACCUGGAGUGAUGCUAGUCUACGAUCAUACCUUGACGAAGAGAACGAUAUUCGCGACCUGUUUAUUAUUGUCCAUGACAAAUCGAACAUCCCCCCCGCUGGCCCAGAUCACCCGAUCACCGGCCGUUUGUUCAAGGAUGAAAGCAAACGACUCAAAGAGAUGAGCACCCAAUUGGACGACAUGCUCGUCAACUGGAUGUCCCAGCGCAACCGAAAUUCCACACCGAUGCGGCCCUUGCAAAGUCCACCGGUAUAA